AUGGCUCCUAAUGCCAUGUCGCAACCAUCGCAGCCCUCAUCAGCCGGAAGAGCUUCCGGCAAGCAGGCGGGUCCGUUCAAGCCGGAUCUGACGAAGCCGUUGGUGUUCCAGACGCACUGGUGGAUGAUCCCGCUCGUCUGGCUCCCCGUCAUCGCCUUCGCCGAAUACCGCGCCGCGCUCGCCGGCACGCCCAAGGUGCUCGUCGCGCCGUUUUUCGCGCUGGGCCUGGUGGUGUGGACGCUGAUGGAGUAUAGUCUACACCGAUUCUUAUUCCACUACCGCACGACGGGCUAUUGGACCAACACGCUGCACUACCUGCUGCACGGCUGCCACCACAAGCACCCGCAGGACCGCUUUCGCCUCGUCAUGCCACCCGUGCUCUUCGCGACGCUGUCCACGAUCGUGGCGGUGCCGUUCUUCGUGGUGUUCCCCGGGUUCCUGGUAUGGCCAGUGUACGCGGGAGCCAUCUUCGGGUACAUCUGCUACGACAUGACGCACUACUUCGUGCACUUCGGCGUGCCGCUCGAGCUCGAGUGGAUCCGCUUCCUGCGGCGCUACCACAUGGCGCACCACUUCAAGGAGUACAACGUGGGAUUCGGCAUCACCAACUCCUUCUGGGACAAGGUCUUCUGCACCUACCCCGCUGAUGACCCCAAGAAGGCGGACGCGGCCAGCAAGGCGGACGCGGCGGGCAAGGCAAUGUAG